AUGCCCCCCAAGAAGGCUGUUGUGCAAGAGAAGGUCCUUCUGGGCCGCCCAGGAAAUAACCUGAAGAGUGGUAUCGUUGGUCUCGCCAACGUCGGCAAGUCCACGCUCUUCCAGGCUAUCACGAAGUCUACGCUGGGUAACCCCGCCAACUUCCCCUAUGCCACCAUCGACCCCGAAGAAGCUCGUGUCAUUGUCCCCGAUGACCGCUUCGACUGGCUGUGCGAGCACUACAAGCCCAAGUCCGUGGUGCCUGCCAACUUGACCGUGUAUGAUAUCGCCGGUCUGACCCGCGGUGCCUCGACUGGUGCUGGUCUCGGUAACUCCUUCUUGUCUCACAUCCGUGCUGUCGAUGCCAUCUUCCAGGUCGUGCGUUGCUUCGACGAUGCUGAGAUUAUCCACGUUGAGGGUGACGUUGAUCCCGUUCGUGACUUGAACAUCAUCAGCGAGGAGCUGCGUGUCAAGGAUAUCGAGUUCGUCGAGAAGGCGCUCGAGGCUCUCCAGAAGCAGACCAAGCGUGGUGGUCAGAGUCUGGAGAUGAAGAAGCUGCGUGAGGAAGAGGGCACUGUUGCCAAGGUCCUCGAGUGGCUGCGCGAGGGCAAGGAUGUCCGCAAGGGUGAUUGGGGCCCUAAGGAGGUCGAGACUAUCAACCCUCUCAUGUUGUUGACGGCUAAGCCCGUUGUCUACCUGGUCAACCUGAGCGAGAAGGACUACAUCCGCCAGAAGAACAAGUAUCUGCCUAAGGUGUUCGACUGGAUUAAGACCAACUCCACCGGUGACCCUCUGAUCCCCAUCUCCGUCUCCUUCGAGGAGCGCCUGACCCGGUUCGAGGACGAGGCUGCCGCCCUCGAGGAGUGCAAGAGCCUGAACACCAAGUCCGCUCUGCCCAAGGUGAUCACCACCAUGCGUCAGUCGUUGAACUUGGCCAGUUUCUUCACCACUGGUACCGACGAGGUCCGUCAAUGGACCAUCCGCAAGGGUAUCAAGGCCCCUGCCGCGGCCGGUGUCAUCCACACCGACUUCGAGAAGACCUUCAUCCAGGCCAUCGUGUACAACUACGCUGUCCUCCGUGAGUACGGCGACGAAGGCGCCGUCAAGGCCGCCGGUAAGAUCAUGACCAAGGGCAAGGAUUACGUCGUCGAGGACGGUGACAUCCUGCUGAUCAAGGCCGAGAUCCCCCCGAGCAACCGCUCGAAAGUCAAAUCCAGCGUGCAGCGCGCCCUGCGCCAACGCUUCCUGGAGACCUACCCGGGCUUCGAGCCGUACAUCGAGGAGGUCCUACCCAAGAAAGCCCAGCUGGAUGCCGUGAAGCUUCCCGAAAGAGCAACCCUCUACAGCAUCGACUCCACCCCGCUCUUCUUCCAGCCGCUCGACGGCCCGCCCAUCCCGCACCUGAAACUCCUGCACGCCUACCCGGACGCCCUGCCCACGGUGCAGAUCGACCGCGGCGCCAUCCGCUUCGUGCUCUCGGGCGCGGCGCUCAUGGCCCCCGGGUUGACGUCCCCGGGCGGCAAGUUGCCUGAUACAGAGCAUGCGGUGGAGGCGGGCCAGGUCGUGGCGGUUAAGGCCGAGGGGAAGGAGACGGUUUGUCUGGUGGGCGUGUUGAAGGUCGGCACCGAGGAGAUUAAGGCCAAGGGGAAGGGGGUCGUUUUGGAUGAGGGCCAUUAUUUGGGGGAUGGGCUUUGGAGGAUGACUUUGGAUUAA